AUGGAGAUGCCCGCCGUGAUCGAAACCCGAGAAAGCUACCUGCUUGCUCGCUUCACCCGAUGUCUUUCCCGCUCAAUACGCUCAGCGACAGCCUCUCUAUCCAUCACCAAGCGCAAUGCGAACCAAACCCCAGCCUUCGACUUUGCUCUUACCACCAUAGCCCCUCGAGACCACCAACUUCUCCCGCGCGAAAGCGCCCCUCUCUCCUCAACAGCCCUCCUCGGCGCAAUCCUCGGUUCCAUCGGCGGUGUCAUCCUCCUCAUCAUCUGCUGCUUUUUCUACAUCCGCUUCCGCGCCUGGAGCAACGCCAGUAUGGCGGCUAGCAGUCGGCAGCGCCGGUGGAGGAGGGCCUAUUACUAUCAUGAUUCGUCGAGCACAAGCUCAAGCGGGACGAGUAGCACCAGCAGCAGUUCGCAGAGUACGAGUACUAGGACAAUACUGAGGGAUGUUGAGAUGGGGGAGGCCUGGCCUGCGUAUCAGAGUGGAGUAGCUGGGACGGCUCAGACGGGGUAUGGUUAUGGCUCUGGGCAGGGAAAUGGUUAUGGGCAGGCGAAUGGGUAUGGACAAGGAGGUGUCUACGGGCAAGGAGGUGUAUAUGGGCAAAGUCAGGCUCAUAGGGGGUACGGUGUUGGCUUCGAGGGAGGAGCAACGGCAGGAAAGGCGGCACCCGGAAAUGUUGCGACAGGAUAUGGACCGGGUGUGGCGCAGGCGCCGAGGGUUCCGCCUGUUGCUGUUGCGACGACCAAGUGGAAUCCUCAUAUCUACAGGCAGGGGAGGACGUGA